AUGCUGAAGCUCGUUCACGUUCCUCAAUGGUUGCUCCUCCUUUGGGACAUAUGCUCGGUGGCUAAUGCAUUCAGAAUCCAUGCCGAAAUCGUCGAAAGAGCCAGGGAAGGAAAAUGGGUGCCUUUGGUGGGCGGUAAACAAAUAGAUUUGAUCAAGAUUGUAAAAUCCACAACUCUAUUCGGAGAACGUGAACAUUUCUCUCAGCGAGAGGCAGAACAGUACUGUAAGGAACAAGGUGGUCAUCUGGCGUCCUUACACGUUGACUGCCAGAGAAAAUUUCUAGCAGAAUUGUCACUGAGAGUACAUGAAACGCCACAAAACAGAGGGUUCAGAGAAAUUUUUGUGCUGGUCGGUUUAGUGAAGAGUGGUUAUCAUUGGACCGACGGGACUCCAGUCGAUCCCCUCGAAGGGAUAGAAGCGCCCAAGGACCGUCACUGCUAUUGUAUCACCACGACAGCCAACAUGCUGCUCUACCUGGAUACAUCACACUACACAACAAAUACGCUGUUCAAGACGAAAUUGUACAAGAAACCAGGAAGAAGAUUGGAAAUGGUCCAGAAAGCCAGGGAACUUCCGAUGGAUGUUCCUUAA